AUGUCGACACCAUCAUCUUCUUCCGUGACAACGAGUUAUAUUUCCGAUAGUUACUUGUCGUCCAUGACAGAUCCGACGGAUUUUCCGCAAAAAUCUUUACGACUACUCGAUACAAUUUCUAGAUGUCCGAUAUGCAAAGAAUUUUUUAAUACACCAAAGAUAGGAGAUUGUGGACAUACUUAUUGUUCUUUUUGUAUAUUGAGAUCUUUAGCUAUUGAACGAAAUUGCCCGGUUUGUAAGAAAAAUUUAUCAGAUCAUCAAUUGCUCAAAUGUGUAACUACUGAGAAAAUUGUUGACAGUUGGAAGAAUAUCAGGAAAACAAUAUUAAAAGGAGCAAAGGAAGAAUAUCGUAAGAAUAAAGUUCGAGAAUACAUUCGUCGGUCUGACAACACAACUUCCUCUCGUACUUAUUCAAAUCUGAAAAAUAGUUCAAAUGGAAAGAAGAAUGCGAACAAAUUAGGUAAAUACCUAAACACUCCAGAAUCUUCUCCUUCAUCUUUACCUUCUUUGCCUGAUGAAAACCAACUAGAAAUUUCUCCUAGUUGUAUGAAAUUUUGUAUUCAACAAUGA